AUGUUAUCCAAAUGUGAACCUAUUGCUUCUCCAUUGGACAAAUGUAAUCAAAUUUCAAGUGAUGUUGUUGAUGGAUUUGUUUUUGUGCUGCUUAAGGUUAUUGGAGCUGCGAGGAUUGCAGAGGAGUAUCCAGAACGAGUUGGACAACCGUUGUGCCAGUAUUACAUAAGGACGGGAUCGUGCAAAUUUGGUGCUUCAUGCAAGUAUCACCAUCCUAAACAAACAGCAGGAGUUAUUGCCCCCGUGUCGCUAAACCAUUAUGGAUAUCCGUUGCGAGUGGGUGAGAAAGACUGUACCUACUAUGUGAAAACAGGAUAA